GUGCUAAGUCAUUGGAAUUUAGAUCCUUUUCGAUGCUAACCCAUAUUUUAAGUUCUUCCUUAAUUUCCCAAAUGUAUGUCUUCUCUAAUACAAAGUCUUGCUUCUGCAUAGCUAGCUGUUACCUGCAGUGCUCAAAACUUAGAAAACACAUAAAUCCAAAACUGACCUUGAGGCACUGGCAGACCACAGUAUUAAAUUAAUCCCUUUUAGCUCCCCCAGAAGAAAUAAUAGUGUAUUCAUCACGUGCCUUAUCACAUGAACCCUCUGAGAAUUCUGCACUGUUUACCAAAAUCUGACAGUCAGAGUUGCAACACAUAGCAGUCAAAGUAGAGCACAUGAUCCCAACAGGACCAGAGAUCCCAAUUGGAUUUUUACAAAGUAAUUAGUAUAAGUAGAAGCUAAGGGAGGAUACUUCAAGAUAUCUCUCAAUCAUUUUCACUCAUUAAGCAAAAAAAUUUUAGCAUAAACAUGAAGGCUUAUUCUAUAACAAUGGCUGUUCUUGUUGUUCUGCUCUCCAUACUUAUGUCUACUUGGCUGAAUAGAGCUCAAGUGGAAGGCCGUGCAGUAGCCCAGGUUCAAUCUUUAUCAACUUCAAGUACAGGGUCAUCUUCUCAAUCUCUUGGAGAUUUUCCUGGAGAGAAGAAGAAUGCUUACAAGCAAGUGGAUUCCAGCUUCCAGCGUAUACCUCCAAGCACUUCCAAUCCUAUACAGAACAAGUAAAUCUCAUAAACACACCAAGAGUCCAUGCCUUUGUAGCAGCAGCAGCUUUUCUAUAGUUCACUUGCAGGGUAGAUGAUGAUAUUGUGUUUUUUUGCAGCAGGACACAACCUUCAUCAGUUGGCCAAGCUAGUACAAGACACUAAGACAGCAGAUAGAAAAAUCUUUAGAACACUGAUUUUUCAUUUUGGAAUGAAAUUUCUUGUUACAGUGUUUGCCUGUGUGUCCUGUGUAGUGCAAGCGUAGUGCUCCCAAAGAAGCGUGUACUGAGCAACAUAAUGAAGUUAAAGUUUUGCA